AUGUCACAAGCUGAUGGCAGCACGCUGCAUGACAGAACGCCACCUGUUGAGGACCGAGAGGACGACGACGGCCUUCCAAGUCAGCAGGGUCCAGAAUCAUUACAAACCUCGCCGCAGUCAAUGUUUCUGCAGGCUCGCCAAAGACGGAAAAUUGCCGAAUUGGAGGGGAAGAUAGAGGUUGUCGAAUCUGGGCGGGCAGUGAAAGAAAGGCAUGCCCAUCAUUUCGUCCGCAGAGGCCUUAAACGCGUCGUUGUUUUGUUUGAUACUGUUGAAGAUCUUGUCGCCGAAAACGACAGAAGAUACGAGGAUAAUGACGAGGAUGCCACUCUUGAUCAAGAUCGGUUAGAGUCAGGGUACAGUAUUCUAAUGAGAACCUUGCCAUGGUUUCUCAAGAAAACCUCAGAUAUGGAGCACGACGACUACAUGCGCAUGUUAAAACUGCUGAGGCAGGGCGCAGAUGGUGCUCGAGGGGACGAUACCUCAAAACUCAAGGCUCUUGUUUCGGAUUGGGUCAAUCGCGAAUUUAGGCCCAACCCUCCGAUCGAUAUCAACGAUAAACAUUCCCAUGGAUUUACCAGUGAUGCAUGUGGAAAGUUACUUUGUCCGGCUGAACUUGAUUGGAAUGAUCCUGUGGCAGGGAUUAGAGACUGCUCUGACGGUCACAUUGUGACGGAUUUCUCUUUCCCGGUGUUUCUUUAUGACAAGUACGUUGCUGAUCCGGAAAAUCUGGAGGAAGGCCUUUUCAAGGGGAAAAUCCUGCUGCAGGGCUAUAAAGCCGUGUUCACAUCACCCUCUUCAGCGAAGGACGUGGAGGGUGACGGUGACGGUGCCGAUGUCAUUCAGAAUAACAGGCGCGCUAACAAGGCGGUGCUCGCUGGAAUCAAAGUCAAGAAACAUGUGGCCCAGAUUAUCAAGAUGGAGAAAGUCACACCUCGCUCGAUAGCAUACAUCGCUUGUCAAUUCUGGCAGACUAUCGUAGAUUUCUUCGAGAGACCCCCUGGUCGAGAAGCGCAGCAUAGGGUCGACAAACUUCUCGAGUGGUGGACCAGGAAGGUUUUUGGAAGAAGUUGCCGUGAAGACCUUACCAACGUGGUGAAGGCCAGGAUGUCUGUGAACGCUCUCGCAAGGCAAAGGGCACAAAUUGACGAUGCUACCUUCGAUUCGAAUUAA